ACAAAGCUAGGAGGAAGUUCUCGGUUCCUGACGCCUCGGUGUUCAACUGUUGACUAAAUUUAUUUUUAAUUUAACCACUUUUGCGCAGUGUCAUGUGAAAUUGUUUAAUAUUUGUAUUAUAUAUUUGUAAUAUCCGCUGUCAAGUUUGAAAGUUAGCGUAGCAGUCCAAGUCGCUAACUCAGCUAAGGUUGGUCAGUUCAGUCACACCAGCCGAACUUUUAACCCGAGUUCUUUCAGCUUUUCGCGAGUUGAAAACUGCCAGGUCACAUUCACGUUACUGCAGUGGCUAAGAAACAGCAAAGCGCUAAGUCGGAGGCCCAGGUUACUGGGUCUUGGUGAGGGUAGGUUAGCUAUCUCUGUCGUGUAUUUACAAUGUAGCUAGCUUAGCUACUCGCUAGCCUGCCAGCUAGCGUUAGAGCAGUCAUGCAAAGGGUGGUUAGUUGUUAAGUUUCGGCUGGUUCAGUGGAGGUGGUAACAUAAAAUGCUGCAAAUAAUAAUUACACAGAUGUGUGAACACCGGGUCUAGAGACCUUCUUUGUCUCCAGUUCUACUCUAGGGAGUGGGCUGUGUCUAAUAUUAGCUGUUAUAGGAGAUGAGUCAGAUGACCUGACUGGAGGUUCUUGAGACCUUCGUAUUUCAACAAUGUCAAGAAUAGCAUGGUAUCAGGAAAAGAUUGGAGCCUAUGAUCAGCAAAUAUGGGAGAAGUCUCUGGAGCAGGCUGAACUGAAGGGCAUUAGAAACAAGCCGAAGAAAACUGGCCACAUUAAACCUGAUCUCAUAGAUGUUGACCUGGUGAGAGGCUCCACAUUUAGUAAGGCCAAGCCUGUGAGCCCAUGGACUGCUCUUACCCGUAAAGGCCUGGUCAGGGUUCUCCUCUAUCCUUUCUUCUUUAAGUGGUGGAUCCAGGUCACCUCCAAAUGCAUUGCCACCGGAAUUCUGCUGCUGUACUUUCUACAAGUGGCAGCUGUUGUGUUGUAUAUAGAUGUGCCUUCUGCCGCUGCUAGUGAGGUGGUGGGUCCAAUGUGCCUGAUGCUGUUACUGGGAACAGUACAUUGCCAAAUAGUUUCCACAGAAUCCUGCCGGAGCUCUGAUGGUAGUCCUGUGACCAGCCCAGUCACAAGUCAAACUAGCAGUCGGGCUACGAGCCCUGUUCGCAGAAAGAGACAAAGAAAGGGUAGAGCAGUGAACAAAGCCAAUGAUGGAGAUGGAGGAACAGCACUUAAAUGGCACCUUAAAGAGAACCAGCGAUUCUAUGAAUCCGAGAAAAGCCGGAACUCCCAGAGGCAGUCAGUGGACAGGCUGUCUGAGGAUCUUUCCAGUGAGGAAGAGGAAGGUGAAGAUACAGAGCAGGCCAGAGGAAAACUUAUUCCACCUGUUCAGGCCAAACCUGCUCCUGGUCUCAGGAAAAGGCUUUGCAUUGCCAACAAGGGCUCCUCUGCGCACAUCAAACAACAUCAAGUUACAGCAAACAGAGAAGCAGGUAAUGUGACAACGGUCACCACAGCAACACCACUGGAGGUGAAGAACCUACGGCCAUCAGAAGAUUCUCGGCCUGCCUCUGACUCGGACGACAUACUUUGGGAAGAGCUUCUGCAGGGUUCUGACUCUGCCUCUUCAGCAAGCACUGAUAGUGGGGAGGAGGAGCUUCACUGUCAUAACCAUGCCCUCUCUCCACCUACUAUCCUCACCAGUGAUGAAGAUGAGGCCUUCUCACAGCACCAGCUGUCAUGGCUACAGGCCUGCCAUCCUUCUAAAGACCGCGUCAGUGCCAUCUUCUGGGAAAAGGGCGAGUGCAAGAAAGCCGACAUGUCUGUACUGGAGAUCAGUGGCAUCAUUCUCACUCGGGUGAAGGUGGUGGAGCAGGGAAUGGGCUAUCUGGUUUUGGGAGGGCUGGUUACAGCCACGCUGGCCCUGCUCCCAUUCUGUUUUCGUCUAGUCCAGCAGCUGGAUGUGAGCCGCCUCAGCUCCAUCACCCUGCAUGAACUGGCCAUCAUGGCAGCUGGAAAACUCAGCACUGGCUCAUAUGCAUUCUUUUUCAUUACCACUGUGGAGAGAGUCUUCCUCACCGGUCUCUUCUUCUUCAUGAUGUGUGUCGCUGAAAGGACUUAUAAACAACGGUUGCUCUUUGCCAAGCUCUUCAGUCAUAUCACAUCUGCACGAAAAGCCAAGAAAUCUGAGAUUCCACACUUCAGACUGAAGAAAGUGCAGAACAUCAAGAUGUGGCUCUCGCUUCGAUCUUUCCUCAAGAGACGAGGGCCCCAGCGCUCAGUGGAUGUCAUUGUCUCUUCCAUCUUCUUACUUGCACUAUCCAUUGCCUUCACCAUAUGUGCCCAGUUGCUGCACAGUCACCACACGUUUCUGGACUGGGAGAGUAACUGGGAGCUGCUGGUGUGGGGCGCCGCUCUUCUCGUCUUUCUGCUGCGGCUGGCCACACUUGGAGCUGAAACCAACCACAAGUACAGCAAUGCCUCUGUGCUGCUCACUGAGCAGAUAAACCUGUAUCUAAAGAUGGAAAAGAAACCAGAUAAAAAGGAUGAGCUGAGCAUUGUUAACAAUGUGCUGAAACUGGCCACAAAAUUACUGAAAGAGUUGGACACACCUUUCCGUCUGUUGGGGUUGACUGUGAACCCACUUAUCUACAACAUUACCCGGGUGGUCAUCUUGUCUGCUGUCUCUGCUGUGGUCAGUGACCUGCUGGGCUUCAAUAUCAGACUUUGGAAGAUCAAAUCAUGAUGUGAAACCACUACUCUUCCAACUCCUGGACACUGCAGAGAGGAAAAGGUCCUGCUGUCCUGCUUGAGGAGUUGGGCAGUCUUACAUUCGUACACUUGUGCAGAUCUACUGAGCAAUUCUAUGCAUUCCUGUGCCUCUGUUGCCUGUGCUAUACAGACAUCUAGAAUCAACUUAAUCUUGAGUGCUUAAACAUAUGAUUUUUGGUUCCCUGGUGCAGGUGCCUGAUGCACUUGUAGAUAUUUGAAAGAAUAAUUACUUGUAGCUUCGUAUUCUGUUCCAGGAUUCUUGACCCAUGUCUCCGGCAGGCACCAAGAUUUGGGCCAGGUUACAUUUACAUUUCAUGUAAGAGUUCAUGGUCUGAGACACUCCAAGAAGUGAAUUAAACAUGUAUACGUGAAAGCACCUGUGAAGUGCCUGAGUCAGUUGCCAGAGUUUGUUUCUAAAAAUGACUGUGGAGAAUGCCACUCUGGCUGAUUCUAGUUGUAAUGGAAAUUCCUUAAUGCACUUGCCAAUGUUGCUGCAAACACAAGUCAGCUUGAUAUUACUUUCCAGCCUGUGCCCUGAAUUCUCAGAAACUCUUCCUCUUCAGGUUUACCACCUGAUGAGAAAGCCACAUGUUUCAGACAUAACCACUAAGUGCCUUGUGAAUGUGUGAAAAAAGUAUAGAAUCUAAAGCAAUGUGAUCUAUUUAUAAGACUAAGAAGGAAACAAUUGUGUAGUUUGAAGAAGACAAAGGAUACUGGAGAAAUUGCGUAUUCGUCUCCUUGGAGGAGCGUUUCUGUCAGUUCAUAUUAAACUUGUCCUAGUUGA